CCUUAACAUCUUCAUAUUUGGCAAAAAUAAAAAGUGCAAUAAUGCUUAGAAGUUUUGAUUUGACCAUGGAGGCUAUACAGGCUGAUGAGACCUAUCAACUAAGAGACGUGGAUGUGACAAAGAAAGAAAUUUUAUCAAAAGUUUUAGAAAGAUUUAAUAUUGAAAUUAAAUCAGAAAUUGUUGAAUUUAUAUUUUUACACAAAAGAGAAUGGGUAGUAGAUCGAAGAUAUCCUAGAUUCACAUUACUAGGCCAAAGCAUUGGUUCAAUGGUUCUUGGAUAUGAGGCAUUAAAUAAACUUACACCAGAUAUAUAUUUUGAUACAAUGGGUUAUGCAUUUACAUAUCCAAUUGCAAAAAAAUUAUUUGGAUGUAAAGUUUUGGCCUAUGUACAUUAUCCAACUAUAAGAUAUUAUAAAAUUUUUGCAUAUCUUUAUUCAUUAUCUGGUUCAUAUGCAGAUAUAGUUAUGGUCAAUUCCACUUGGACAAAAGGUCACAUAGAUCAACUUUGGGGCAUUAAUAGCAAUAUAGUUUAUCCACCAUGUGAUACGGAUUCUUUAUCUAAAUUACCUUUGGAUGGAAGAGAAAGAAUUAUAGUUAGUGUUGCACAAUUUAGACCAGAGAAAGAUCAUGAACUUCAGUUAAAAUCAUUGCAUUGUUUACUAAGAGAUCAUCAAGAGUUUCGUGAAGGUUCAGGAAAAGUAAAGCUUGUAUUAAUUGGUAGCAGUCGUGAUUUAGCUGAUGAAUCAAGAAUAGAAGCAUUAAAGGAAAAGGUCAAAAAACUUGGUAUAGAAGAAAAUGUUAAAUUUGAGGUGAAUGCUGAUUUCAAUACACUUGUGGAUUGGUUGUCAAAAGCUAAAGUUGGACUACAUACAAUGUGGAAUGAACAUUUUGGAAUUGGUGGCCCUAAGAUGGAUAUUGUCAUUCCAUAUAAUGAUAAAACAACAGGUGGAUUUCUUGCAAAUAAUGAAGAAAAUUUUGCAAAAGAGCUUUACAAAGUAUUUUCUUUAUCAGGGUUUGAAUAUAACAAUAUACAAAUUAAUGCUAGAGAAUGUGCUGUAAAAAAAUUUUCUGAACAAAUAUUUGAAAACUCAAUUUUAACUAUAUUGAGACCUGUCUUGGACCACUGA